GGAGGAAUAAAUAGAGGGAGAGCGAGGUCGAAGGUCUCCCCCGGAAAGAGUCGCUACGAGUCGACGAAGGAAGAUGUGGGAAGACGGUCUUAAUCCGACGGUGUUGCGAGAUUUGGCCGCCAACUGGCUGAAAGAGGACGCGCCAAAUUUCGAUUACGGAGGCUUCGUGGUAGGAAAUAGACCAGUUUCGGCCGUAAUUUUGGCCAAAGAAGAUGGGGUAUUGGCGGGAAUUCCUUUCGCCAAGGCCAUUCUGAAGGAAGCCGAUUGCUCGGUGAAAUGGAAGUGUGAAGAAGGCGAGGACGUAAAGGCUCCCGCCACGGUGGGCGUGGUGCGAGGGAGGGCCGCCGACCUGUUGCGGGCCGAGAGAGUGAUGCUCAAUUGCCUGUCGCGUGCCUCCGGCGUGGCCACCGUCACUCGCCGAAUGAAGCGCCGUCUGGACGAGACCGGCUGGAAGGGAAUCUUGGCCGCCACCCGCAAGUCGACGCCCUCCUUUCGACUGGUGGAGAAAUAUUCCGUAUCGGUGGGGGGAGGAUGCGGUCACAGGUACGACCUGUCGUCGAUGGUCAUGCUGAAGGAUAAUCACGUGGACCUCGUGGGAUCCGUACGAAAGGCCGUGGAGAAUGCGAAGAAGUUCGCGGGAUUCUGCUACAAAGUGGAGGUGGAGUGUCGUUCCUUGGAAGAAGCGGAGGAAGCGGCCGCGGCGGGUUGCGACAUUCUCAUGUUAGACAACUUCUCGCCCCGGGAAUGCGGAGAAACCGCCACCAAGAUAAAGGAAUUAUGUCCCCGGGUGAAUAUAGAAGCCAGCGGAGGAAUUACGGAAGAAAACAUCACAGAUUACGCGCAUCCGUCCGUCGACGUCAUUUCCUGCAGUCGCUUGAUUCAGGGAUACAAAACCAUCGAUUUCUCCAUGAAAAUCGACAAAUCUUCGCUCUGAGAGAUCAUCUUAAGAAAGGAGUUUCCAUAUCUUCUCCUACUUCUCUAUUUUGUAUUUUUGCCAAUGGUGCAACAAUCUUACUGUUUUUUAUUAUUAAUUAAUUAAUAAACAAGAUACUUUUUCUAUCA